AUGCAAUUGAAACGUGAUGUGAAUCAAUUUAGUGCUUUCAUUAUUCGCUAUACAAUUUUUGUUUUUCUUUUUGCAAUUAACGAACUUUGUUUUAACAAAAUGUUUGAAAUGCUUGUGAUUUUUUGUUACUGUGACAUUUUCAUUCAUUUAUCUUAUUUGAAGACGACGACCUCACCAUCUCAACAACAUGACGAAGUGGAAAUUUUUAUCGAGGAUUAA